AUGGAACCCGGCUCCCCUCAUCCAGCAACCUGCUUACAGUUCUCAUCUCUAGAAUGGAUCAAAGGUCUCCUGGCAGUUCCAUUCGUCCUCUACUCUCAGCCGACUGGGGUCUUUGACACGCGAGCGACGAGCAUAGCCCGCAUGGCAGAGGAAUCCCACCGCCGCUACGCCGAAAUUUUUCGCGACGUCGAGCACAUGAUUGACGACCACAUAACCCGCCAAGACGAAGACCUCCCCUCAAAACUGAAAAUGCUCGUUCCCUCCGCGGGGCCCUUCUUCACCCGCCUCCCCCUCGAGGCCGCUUUCACUCACAUGGACGCCAAACGCCUCAUAUCCUCCCGCCGCUACGUGUCACCCUCCUUCAACGACGUACGCCUCAUCCUCAACGCCGCCCAGAUCCUCGCCGUCACCAAUCCCUCCAACGUCGUCCCGCUCCAGCUCGCCACCUUUGACGGAGACGUCACCCUGUAUGACGACGGCGAGAGUCUGCUCCCGACCAGCCCUCUCAUCCCCCGCCUCCUCGGUCUCCUCCGCCGCGACAUUAAGAUCGGCAUCGUCACCGCCGCGGGCUACACCACAUCGGAUCGCUACUACGAGCGCCUUCACGGUCUCCUCGACGCCAUCGCCGCCUCCGACGACCUCACCCCAUCCCAGAAGGAGUCCAUCGUCAUCAUGGGCGGCGAGGCGAACUACCUCUUUGAGUACUCCCCCGAAUCUCCUCACCUCCUGGCCUCCGUCCCCAAGGAGCGCUGGCUCACCCCGGAAAUGGCCGCUUGGUCCGACGCCGACAUCGCCGCCCUCCUCGACGUCGCAGAGGGUGCCCUGCUCGAGUGCAUCAGGACGCUCAACCUCCCCGCCACGCUCCUCCGAAAGGACCGCGCCGUCGGCAUCAUCGCGACGGACCCCUCCAUCCGCAUCCCCCGCGAGUCCCUCGAGGAAACCGUCCUCGUCGUCCAAAAGAUCCUCGAGCUCUCCGCCCUCGGGUCCCCCGCGCAAGCAGCGGGGCACAGCACCACGAUCACGACCUCCCCUGACGGAAAGAAGACGUCUUCCCGCCCCCGCGUCCCCUUUUGCGCCUUCAACGGUGGCCGCGACGUCUUUGUCGACAUUGGCGACAAGUCGUGGGGCGUGACCGUCUGCCAGCGCUGGUUCGCCGCCAAGGCGGGUCGCGCCGAGAGCCCCAUCGCGGGCGAGAACACCCUGCACAUUGGCGACCAGUUCCUCAGCGCGGGUAGCAAUGACUUCAAGGCCCGGAGCGUGGGGACCACGGCCUGGAUCGCUAGCCCGGGGGAGACGGGGGAGCUUCUGGACGAUUUGAUUGCGCGGAUUUGA